CGGGAAAACGAAAUUUGGUCAACAUGGUUCACGCGGAUCUUCAUUCAUCGAUUUGGUACCCGAUUUUUCGGAUCCUAUAUAACCCGUUUAUUUUUCUUUAUUUCUUUUCACAACCGGAUUUUGAUCAUUACUUCUCUCCCUAUUUUCUUUAUAUGUCAGAAAAAUCUUGGUAAUCUAAUAACCUUUAUGUCCAAUCUUCCAUCGAUACUCUCAUAUCAACUCUCUUCCAUCCCAAUCUUCAAACGGCGAUACAAUCUUUAGAUCAUAUUCAGAUUUAGUUUUUGAAGUGCUUCUUUCAGGAUCAACAUUACAAACGCAAUAAUGUCUUUUUACAAGUCAAUGUCUGCACUUACCAGAGAUUUUUUGGUUAUACCUCUUCAUUUUUCAAAGAUAUGGUUAUCUUCUGCUGUUGGUGAUAAUAUGGUAGUCAUAAAGAGUAUCAACGAAAAGGUGUGGAAUGUUAAUUUCUCCAAGAACAAUGGUACCUUUGCCUUUACAGAAGGAUGGUCAAAGGUUGUAUGUGACCUUUCUUUAUCUGAUGGUUGUAUACUUCUUUUCAAGCAAGUUAAUCCGUAUAAUUAUAUACUCACACCUUUUUUCAAGGAAACACCUUAUCCACUAUGUGAUCCAGGCAUCUCUUUGUUUCUAUCCAUCUCAUCUUUGCCGAAUAGGAAUUACAUAGAGUCGUUCUGUCAUGUUUUCAAUGAUCAAAGUGUUAAUACACUGCUUCUUCCUACGUUUGUUGUUAAAAACACUAUUGGUGUUGGUAAACUUAGAAGACCAAUGAAGGUUCAUCUAAAUUCAUGGGACUCUUUAGAUGUUUUUGUAGAGAAAGAUUCUGAUAGCAAAUGUUACUUUUUUACCAAUGGUUGGAACAACAUUGUGCAACAUCUAGGUGUUCGUACUCAAAAUCUGGUUGUUUUACGCUAUAUCUUUGAUUACAACUUUCAGUUGACAUUGUUUGAUGUGAAUGGAUCUGAGGUUGUUAUCCCUAGGGUUGCUUUAAAGUUUAAUUCUCAUCCUGGAUUUCCAUCUUCAACUCCGUUGGUAAACAAUGUUGAUGAUUUUCAUCAUGAUGAUGAUAUAAAAUCUGAACUUGAUCCGGAGGUAGAUGUUUUAUUUGAGCCAUCUGAUUCUGAUGAAUCCGUUGUUGGUAGUUCUGACAGUGAUUUAUCGAUUGAUGAUGAUUUCGAUGAUGAUGACUUUGAAGAUUCUACCUGUGAAUCUGAUGAUGACAAAAAGGAGCCCGAUUAUCAGCCUUUAGAAUUUGAAUGGGAGUAUCAUCCACGUCAUUUCCGACUGAAUAGCAAAGUUGCAAGUCUAGCUCGUGUUGAUGUAUCUGGGAAGAUGACAGUUCAAAAUCUUGCUGGCGUUGAUACUGUUGUUACUUUUCGACCAGAGAAACAUGGCGUAGGAUUCAGAUAUGUUGCGAAUGCAUGGCGUACCAAGUUCACAAAGCCUAAUGGAAUCAAUGCACCUCAUAGAUGCACUUUUGUAUACUCUCCUGAUGCAGAUAAGUUGAUUUUGAAGAAAGUUUCGAAGUAGUUCGUUUUAUUGUUUUACUAUCCACUCUUUUGGAACAAUAUUUCAUGUUUUAGUAUCUUUUUAGUUUGUUUUUCGAACAUGUUUGGAUGGUUUGUUUUGAACAGUAUUUUUGAUAUAUAAACCUUUUGCCUAUCUAUGAUUU